AUGCGAACGCGGCGCCCCCGGACGCUGCCGCAGCGGCGGGCGGCUCCGGGCCGGGGGCUGCCAGGGGCCCGCGGCGCUUACCUCGCUGCAGCGGCUCCCCGGCGGCGCGUCCCCACGGCCGGCCGGUCCGUGCUGCGCCCCCGGCCGCUCGCCCUUUGUUCGCGGCCGGGGGCCGAGCCGGCGACGGGAGCGGGGCUGGGCAGCUGGCCGGGGUGGCGGGGGCUGGCGCGGGGGCUGGGGCCGGUCCUUCCCCCCCCCGCGCGGCGUAGGAAUGGAGACGGGCGCGCAGAUUCCGGCGCGGGGGGAGCGCAGCGAGCGCGGGCGGCUGCUCCCCCUCUGCAGGCGGCGGGGAGCGGCCCCGGAGCGAGCGAGCGGCCGGGCGCGGCGCCGGGGCUCGGCCCCCCAGCAGGACGCAACAAGGGCGAGCUCCGCCACGGAGCCCCCGGCCAGCCGGCCCCGCUGCCGAGGGACCCCCCGUGCCAGGCCGGCCCCUGCGCCACGGGACCCCCGCCGCCAAGGGACCCCCCCAGUGCCAGGCCGGCCCCUGCGCCACGGGACCCCCGCCGCCAAGGGACCCCCCCAGUGCCAGGCCGGCUCCUGUGCCACGGGACCCCCGCCGCCAAGGGACCCCCCCCCAGUGCCAGGCCGGCCCCUGCGCCACGGGACCCCCGCCGCCAAGGGACCCCCGGGCCCGGCCAGCCCCUGCGCCACAGGACCCCCGCCGCCAAGGGACCCCCCCCCCAGUGCCAGGCCGGCCCCUGCGCCACGGGACCCCCGCCGCCAAGGGACCCCCCGUGCCCGGCCGGCCCCUGCGCCACGGGACCCCCUCCGCCGGGGGACCCCCCCCAGUGCCAGGCCGGCCCCUGCGCCACGGGACCCCCUCCGCCGGGAGACCCCCCCCCGUGCCCGGCCGGCCCCUGCGCCACGGGACCCCCUCCGCCGGGGGACCCCCCCCAGUGCCAAGCCGGCCCCUGCGCCACGGGACCCCCUCCGCCGGGGGACCCCCCCGUGCCAGGCCGGCCCCUGUGCCACGGGACCCCCGCCGCCAAGGGACUCCCCGUGCCAGGCCGGCCCCUGUGCCACGGGACCCCCGCCGCCAAGGGACCCCCCGUGCCAGGCCGGCCCCUGCGCCACGGGACCCCCUCCGCCGGGGGACCCCCCCCGUGCCCGGCCGGCCCCUGCGCCACGGGACCCCCUCCGCCAGGGGACCCCCCCCCAGUGCCAGGCCGGCCCCUGAGCCACGGGACCCCCGCCGCCAAGGGACCCCCCCAGUGCCAGGCCGGACCCUGCGCCACGGGACCCCCGCCGCCAAGGGACCCCCCCAGUGCCAGGCCGGCCCCUGUGCCACGGGACCCCCGCCGCCAAGGGACCCCCCAGUGCCAGGCCGGCCCCUGUGCCACGGGACCCCCGCCGCCAAGGGACCCCCCCAGUGCCCGGCCAGCCCCUGCGCCACAGGACCCCCGCCCUUAA